AGCGAACGACCCGAGCAUGCCGUGAGACUAAUCCAGGAACAACUAACAGCACUAACGCAACACCCCCUUCUCGUAUCGCAGCGCAGGGGUUAAUCCCGGGUUUAGAUCAGGGGCAUUUUCAGCUGCGAGCGUGCUAUCAGCUUGCGCAGUGCGCUACGUGAUUGGCAUGUCGGCAUUUCCACAGAGCACCACUCCGCAUAUGCAAGGGAGGGGGAGUGUGCAUUGCAUUGGCUGGCCGCCCAAUUUAGGAAUAAUGAGCCUGUGCGAAUGAUAACGUCUACGCAGUUGCAAAAGCUUGUUCAUUUUUCCCUCCUCCAUUGUUGGAGGUCCAAUUCUAUUCAAUCCUUUCUCCUCUCUGCUCAAAAACACCAGCAGAAAUUAUGACGAUCCGGUUCCUCGUCAAUUUUGGCCUUUUGGCCCUUCCUAUCGCUAUCACGCUGGGUGUGUUGAUCGGUCUUAACAGUUCGCGAGAGGCAUCGGGUGGACCGCCUUUGUUCAAGCCGGACCCGAAACCGACAGCACCAAAGAAGAAGAAUGGCAUUACGACGGAACAGCAUUGUCAAAAGUCUUAUGGUGUACAUCCUGAGACCAAGGGCCAAGAAUAUACACUCAAUCCUAAUCAGUGGGGUUGGGACGAAGGCGAUGACGGAGGAUUAUGUUUAUAUGUCGACAUAAACAACAAUGAAACCUACGCAACAAAAACAACCGCUCCUCGAUGGUCCGUAGUAUGGGAAUACCCUCAAGGUCCCGAAACCGCUCCCGUCCAUGCCUACCCCAACAUCAAAGUCGACGGCUCCGUCUUCCCCGCCAAGCUCAACACCAUUGACAAGAUCGAGAUCGACUUUGAAUGGACUUACGCCGUUGGCAACGGUUCCGCAAAGGGCGCUACACCGGCUACAAAGACAGACCUCACCGACUUGAAAAACCAUCUUCUAAACGCCAACGUCGCGAUGGAUAUGUUCAUGGACAGCGAUCAGAAGAAGGCGCAGGACAGUGAGGAUGCGUCGCACGAAAUCAUGGUGUGGUUUGCUGCCAUUGGACCUGCGACACAACCUCUCGGUUUCAACGUCGAUGGAGCGAAUCCCCUUGCGACAAAGACUCUUCACGGCACAGAAUUCAAACUCUACUACGAUACCAACCAGGCCAAGCAAAAAGUCUUGACAUGGUACGUCGACAAGCCCACCGAAAAGUUCGACGGUGAUCUCUGGCCAUUAAUCGAGGAGAUUCUCUCCAUGGACAACGCGAAUUACCCCUCGUCAUCCGACUACAUCGGCUACAUGUCCUGGGGAACAGAAGCAUACUCGGCCAACACGACAGUAACAUUCGACGUCCCCAGCUUGUCAAUAAACGUGGAGAAGAAGGCCUAAACCACUAGAUAAAGCCUUCUCGUUUU